AUGGCGAGUGUCAUUCUGAGCGACUUGGAUGGCAACGCCGACGUCCUGCGCUUUGUCGUGAGUUUCUUGCGCUUUCGCGAUUGGCAGUCGCUUUCGUCCUGCAACCGCUCCCUCGCGCGCUCGGACUUACGUCGUUUCGUCAUGGCCCAAGCCGUUCUGCGCGUGCCUCCACCCCCACUGCCCACUCGCUCUUCAGCCAAUGACCGUCGACCCACAGCCAGUUACUAUGCAAACAGCUUUCUACGCCACACGAAUUCGGAACUGCUGGGCUGCAUUACCAACGUUUUGGCUCCACGCACAGGCAUCCACCUCCUCCAACUCCUUCGAGUACUGCCUUCGCUCCACUCACUUCGAUUUUGGGACUACCCUUAUUGGACGCCUGAAGACUCCACUCCCGACCACGUGAAUGAUAUGAUGGAGGAAGCCGAUCCCGUGAUCAACGUUGCAGCAGUCCUGCAGCUUUUGCCGACCCUGAAGGAGCUCUAUAUCGCGGAUGCAGAGAUCGAGCUAUCGGACUUGCUUGUGGUCGCGGACAUUCAGCCACGAGAAAUGUGGCACUUACGAACGUUAGAUUUGUCCCUCACGGAUGUCGUGGAUUUGGCUCCGCUUGCCGUACUGCCUCAUUUGCAGUCACUGAAUGUUCGCCGCACGAACGUCACGUCACUUGCUAUUGUGAAUUCCCUACCAGAGUUGCGAGUGCUGGACGUGUCCGAGACAAGAAUUGUGGAAUUUAGUGCGCUGCAAACGCUGUCACUUUUGGAGACACUGGAUAUGAGCAAGAAUUACGUUUCGUCAGACUUGAACGUGCUGCAGCAUUUGACGACGUUGCGUUCGCUCAAAGCCGCAAGCCUUGCCUCGUCGGAUCCGUUGACGCUAACGUUACAGUGUAAAGAACUUGAGAUCUUGCACUUGCAGCACACAAGACUUACGAAUCUUGCGUUUGCAAACGAUCUGCCUAACCUCACAUAUCUAGACAUUCGCUGGACGUAUGUGGACAAUCGACAGCCAUUGGGCGCCUUAAAAGCAUUGGAGCAACUGCUGAUGGAUACAAGAGAGCGAGGAAUCGAAACUGGCGACGGUCUUGAGCCUGUGCUGCCGGCACCGUCUAUAAAAUACGAGUGGCUAAGUUGUCUGGCUCAUUUGAAAAAGCUAAGAAUGUACAAGCAUAAUUACCAGGAAGACCUCACUGACGUGUUGCAAGAAGAUGUGGAACCGAGGGAAACGACAUUGGUCUCGACGAGAGGACAUAGGAUUCCCAUGGCACACCGAGUUCCUAGUUCAUUCCUUCGACACCUUAGUAAACAGGCAGAGCUGAGAUCACUGGAGCUGCCACCGCUCACGGAGUACACACCCCUGACUUUGUUGUCGCCAACAUUGCACCACUUGCGAUUACAGCAAUGGUGCGCUGAAGACUUGACUCAGAUUUCGGCAUUGGGCGAAAUGCCAGUACUCACGAGGCUGUCUAUGUCUUUGCCGCCGACGGCACAGGUUAUGGAUCUUCUCCCUCUCGAGAAUUUCGUCCAGCUUACUCAACUUGAGCUGCUGGACGUUCUUUUUGAAGAUCUCACACCUUUGGGUGCACUUGUAAAUCUAAGAAAGCUAGUGCUAGAUCUCCUUGAUCGCAAAAAACGGCAGCUUGUACGUCGUCACAAGCAUCAUCAGACCAGUUUCGAGUGUCUUUUGGAGCUGACGAAACUCGAAGAGCUCUCGCUGAUUGGUCGCGUGGAUUUCAAGGACGUUGCAUUGCUCUCCGGAAUGCAAAAAAUGCGGCGUUUAUUGCUGAAUGCCACCAAGGUAGAGCACGUCUCCCCCUUGGCUGCCAUGACGCGUCUAGAAAUACUGAAUCUCGGACUGACGCCUGUGACGACAGUUGAGGGCAUCCCGAGGCUGCUGGAGCUCCGAGCGAUCUGGAUUCCUGAAGCCGUCAACUGCCAAGUGCUUCGAGACGCAAGCAAUUUCCCGCGACUACAAUCGAUAUGGCACCCGGACGACUACAAUUGCCUUUGGACUGAUCAUAAGUUCUGA